GACUAGACAAUUUGUCUUAAUUACAAGACUGAAACCAAUUUGGGACUAGAUAACACUUUAAGUGGCUGCACAAGAAAACCUAAAACAGGAGAUGAAAAGCCAAAAACAAGUUCAGUCUGCUAUUUCCAUCAACUGAAAGGCUACCAUCUUGACUUGGAAUUGGGACUGGUCAAGGCUUGGUUUUGUCUAUCAGAUGGUUCAGAUAAGAUAUUUCAGUGCCACCCGUUUAAGUUGCAGUAUUGGAUGCAUCUUCUUUUGCAACACUGCAAUAAGUUUCAAAGCAAAGGAUAUCAAAAAGAAAGCAGAAGAAUGGUAAGCUUGAACUGCCUUUCCAUUAACAAACUUCAAAUUCUUGCCUCCACAAACAAAACUUCUUCACCUUCCACAUCUCAUCAAGGCAGCCCCCCUAAGCGUUCACAUCCCACAAUAGACACUGGCAGUAGUUCCCCAACAACAUCACAGCCACCAUCAAUACCAAGGCUGAAGCAGAAGAGAAAGCAGAAGCAACCAUCAAUUCUGGAGAUUGAAAGAGCCGUCAGUGCAGGCAGUUUUAGAGACACAGAACCCGUCAGGGACCCAAAAGAGAAGAUGUCCCUGUUUGGUACCCCCAUGUCAACUGAAAGCCCUGUGGAGAAGCAACUACGUGAGACAGGGGAGUGGAUUGCUGAUAAAACGGAAGCCUCAUUUCGCUCUGCUGGAAUUAGCGUUUGCAAGAGAAUGGAGAAUGAUUAAUCCAUUGAGAAAGACGGUAAGAGAAGAAAAGAAGCAAAGAAGCAGAAGUACGUCUAUACGGAAGUGGCAUUAGUCAAGAGCUGCUUAUUAUAUCAAGAACCUCUUAAGUCUCAACGGUAGUUUAAAGCAUUUAAAAAAAAAAAAGAAGGAAUGAUGGAAAAUUACAUCUUUUACUGUGUUAUGGGAUUUGCAUUUUUCUCAUACAAAGAAACCAUAAGAAAAGAUUUCAGACUGCAUGAACAAAAAAAAAUUGCACUGUUUUAUGUCUGGCUAUCCUGAAGAAUAUUGCCGGCUUAAGAUCUUCAUGCAGUUGUUGGAACCUUAGCUACUUUCAAAAUUUAGUCUUGUGCAGUUGAAAGACAGUUUAACUCUACUGUUACC